AGCAUACACUAUUUUAGACCUGAACAAUGGAAUGAGUUUCAGUUCAAGGUUUGGAUUUGUUGAUGACCAUUUACAAUUUUAUGUCUCUUCUGUGAUAAAGUUUUGAAAUAAUGCUGAUGUCCAUGUUCCAAGUAAUGUACCCAUAGAAAGGAGAACUCUGAGGCAGGCAAGUUCCUCAAAAAACAGUUUAUUGGAAACAUCAUAUUGGCACAACUGGUGAAAACCGACUAAAGUUCCCGCAGCUUUCACCUAAUUAAAAAGUAAUAAAUACUUUUUAAUUUUAUUAAAAGUAAAAGGGGAGGUUUAAAAACUAUUCACAUGGUGCUUAGAAACCAACCUUCACCUGAACAUCAGCAAGACCAAGGAGAUGGUGAUGGACUUCUGGAAGAAGAGGGAGGAACCUGCCCCACUUUACAUCGAGGGGGGGGCUGUGUGGAGAGAGUUUCGUCCUUUAAAUUCCUGGGAGUCUAUCUCAGUGAAGACCUCACCUGGAAGAUCAACACGACCCAGGUGGCCAGAAAGGCCCAACAGAGACUCCCCUUUUUUAGAGUCUUGUGAAAAACAAAGGGGAACAACAACUGAUGACCACCUUUUAUCGGGCCACAAUAGAAAGCAUCCUCACUCGGUGCAUUACGGUGUGGUAUGCUGGCUUGAUAGCCGCGGAUAGAAAAACAUUACAGAGGGAGGUGAGCACAGCACAAAACAUUGUGGGCUGUCCCCUGGUACCACUAGAUGACAUUGCUAGGGCUCGCUGCCUUAGAAGAGUGAGGAAAAUCCUCAGGGACAACUUACACCCUGGUCAGCACGUCUUUACUCCUUUCAAUCAGGAAGGAGAUACAGAAGCAUAGGCAGCUGCGCAAACACGCUGAACAGUUUUUAGCCAUGGGCUGUCAGACUCCUGAAUGAAAAAUAACUACAACAACAUAGUAUGAUUGACUUGUGAGCGACGUGCAAUAGGAUUGGGUGAUUGUUAGCAGGAUUCAGUGGGAUUUUUUUGACUUUCACUGUGAGUUGUAUUGUGUUGGGGGGGGCGGGUGCACGAAGGGAGCCAAUCUCAUAGUACACAUGUUGUACUCCGACAAUAAAGGUUUGAAUUGAAUUGAAUUGAAGUAAAAGUUCCCCCUUUCCCCAAUCACUAGUCACAUUGUCCAAUCCAGUUGCUGGCCAGUUGCUUGGUUACUUCACUCCUCCUCUGGCCAGCUACCUGUGAGAAUGUCCUUGGUUCCCAGUGUCCACAAGAAAACGUUAUUGUUUGGCUAUUAAACCACAUCUAACUAUUUCCUCCCUCCUUCUAUUGUGUGGUAACCUUGAAGCCUCCAAGAUGGCCUCAGCCAGGUUCACGUCAGGGUUGACAGCUAAAUCAUAUAUUUCAAGAAGGUAUUUGGUAAAAGAAGAUACCUAUUCUUUGGGAGAGUGAUUAAGAAAUGUUAGCUAAAUGUUGGAAAAUGUCAGAUAUGCCAAAUUUUACUGAGCACACCUCCCAAUGGCCUUUUUAAAUUUGACUGAUGACAAGGCAUACCAUUAGCUAUACAUCGACAAUAUGUGGUGGGCUACCAUUUCUCCAACCCUCCUUUAAUAUGUAAGUAACUAUGUAACUGCCAUACUUCCACCUCUCACAAUACUAGACAACACAAUAUCAACAGUAGAAACCUUCAAAUUUCUAAGUUCUACCAAAUCGCAAGAUCUAAAAUGGACAGCUAACAUCAAAAACGUCAUCAAAAAAGGACAACAAGAAUGUUCUUUCUGCGCCAUCUCAGAAAGCUCAAACUGCCCAAGGAGCUGCUGAUUCAGUUCUACAGAGGAAUUAUUGAGUCUGUCAUCUGCACCUCUAUAAUGGUCUGGUUUGGUUCUGCAACCCAAAAAGAUAGACACAGACUUCAGAGGAUAAUUAGAACUGCAGAAAAAACAAUUGCUACCAACCUGCCUUCCACUGAGGACCUGUAUACUGCAAGAAUCAAAAAGAGGGCUGUGAAAAUAUUUACAGAUCCCUCACAUCCUGGACAUAAACUGUUUCAACUCUACCCUUAAAACGACGCUAUAGAGCACUGCACACCAGAACAACUAGACACAAGAACAGUUUUUCCCCGAAUGCCAUCACUCUGCUAAACAAAUAAUUCCCUCGACACUGUCAAACUAUUUAUUAAAUCUGCACUACUAUUAAUCUUCCCAUGGUCCCCAUCACUCAUCUCCUUCCACUUAUGACUGUAUGACUGUAACUUUGUUGCUUGUAUCCUUAUGAUUUAUAUUGAUAUUGAUUGUUUCCUGAAAGCUUAAUUGUACCCUAUGACUAUCAUUAAGUGUUGUACCUUAUGAUUAUUGAUGAACGUAUCUUUUCUUUUAUGUACACUGAGAGCAUAUGCAUCAAGACAAAUUCCUUGUGUGUCCAAUCAUAAUUGGCCAAUAAAAAAAACUAUUCUAUUCUAUAUUCAUUACAGGUAAACAUGGGUAAAAAUGUUAGCAUUUACCACCUAUUAUUGUCAUUUUUUAAAAUAAAAAUCUGGAUUCGAGUUUUGGUAUUAUGUAAAAAAUGUUUCAUUAUGUAUUUUAUUCCUUUAAAUCUACAGUCUUAAAUAUAGGUUAAAGCCAUUUGGAAUCAUCAGAUUAAUCUACUCCCGUGUGGAUUUGCAAUGGAUCACGCCAUCAAAUUGCUAAAUCUGUGUGUGUGUGUGCGUGUGUUUGUGUAUGUGUCACAAAGUGCAAAAUUAAUUGUCCUCAUUUUCUAACUUGUUAAACUUGUACAGGCAAGAACCUGCUUCUAUUACUCUCCAAAAAUAUUCUAUUGUAUUGGAUAUUAUUUUGUUUGGCUAAAGGUAGCCUAAUCAAAUGGGAUUAAAUAAAAGCAGAGACUGAGAUUAUUUUAGGGUAACGAAAAAUCACUUAAAACAUAGACUAACACAUAAUAAAAAUAAAGAUUUCAUACAAUGGGAGGUGGAUACAAAUUUCUCCAAACAUCACGAAAUCAUCUGAUGCAUAUAGGGAUGAAAGGGUGUGGUAAUUACAGACUUCCUCAGAAAGCUGAAGAGAAGUGUUGAGUAAAGGCAAUCUCAUAACAACCAAAGUCAAGCAGCAGCCAGUCAUGGAUUUGAGUCUCACCAGGCAGUCACUUUCCAAAGCCAUUACUGCAUUUGCCCUGGAUCUUUACAAUACGUUAAAUUCCAAUAAACACCGCAAAAAUGUUUUUUUCUCCCCUGCAAGUAUUUCAACGGCCCUGGGCAUGAUUUUAAUUGGUGCAAGUGGGAAUAGUAAAAUGCAGAUUGAAAAGGUGCUACAUCUUGCUCAAACUCCUAGAGAAGCAGGACCACUUGAUUCUGAAAGAAGAAUGGCUGAACUUGUGCCAGAAUCUGUGAGACAAGACAUACAUCUUCCAACAGAAGGGACAAUUUAUUCAGAGUUCAAGCAACUCCUACUUCAGCUGAAUAGCCUCAGCCAUGGUUACCAGCUGAAACUGGCCAAUAAUUUGUUCAUGCAGAAAGGAUAUCAAUUUCUUCAGCAAUAUCUCACAAGUACUAAAGAAAUCUACAAUGCUAUGGUGCAGAUAGUGGAUUUUUACCUCGCUACUGAAGAAACAAGGAAGAGAAUUAACCUUGAAAUUUACAAGCAGACCCAAGGAAAUAUUAAGGAACUUUUUGCUCCAGGUGUGAUUGGACCACAAACGGUGCUGGUGUUGGCAAAUGCCAUUUACUUUAAAGCAACUUGGCAACAUCAAUUUGAUCCGAAGUAUACAACUGAAAGAAAUUUUAGGCUGAAUGAGAAUGAAACUAAACCUGUCCAUAUGAUGUAUCAGCGAGGGAGAUUUAAACUGGGACACACAGAUGGAAAAAGUGCCCAGAUCCUCUGCCUGCCAUAUGUUGAUGAACUUUUGUCCAUGAUUAUAAUAUUACCAAAUGACAUCAGCCGUCUGGAGCAGGUGGAGGCUGCCCUGACCUGCAAGAAUUUAGCAAGCUGGCUUUCUCCAGGAAACCUGAGGGAGCAUCCUGUGGAAAUAUAUAUACCUCGCUUCAAGUUAGAAACCUGCUAUGAUCUCAGCCUGACGUUGCAAGGCUUGGGCCUCAUUGAUGUAUUCAGUGAAGCAAAAGCAGACCUUUUGGGAAUGUCGCCUUCCCGCCAACUCUUCUUGUCCACAGUUAUUCACAAAGCUUAUGUAGACAUCAAUGAAGUAGGGACUGAAGCAGCAGCUGCAACAGGUGUCGCAGUCUCCAAUAGGAGCUUAGAACGCCACAAAUUGUUUGUGGCUGAUCACCCCUUCCUCUUCUGCAUUCUGCAUAACCCUACAGACACGGUUCUUUUCCUUGGGAAACUCUGCUGUCCUUGAAACUCAAGCAAGUAUUUUUUUUUCUUGAAGUUUAUUAAAGUGUACUCCAAACCACAAUUUCUUUGCAAUAACCUGAUUAUAAAAUGGCAGUUACAAUGCACCUUGAAUAUAU